UAUGGCGGUGAGCGCACCGAGUUUGUCGAGAUUUUGUGAAAUUCACACACAUAGAUCGACAGCGUUUGAUUCUCCAAGGGGUAUAAGAUACAUCAGAUUCUUGAGAUUGAUUUUGUUCAGCUCGGAUAGAGAUAUGUCAUUCAGCAGGGUUUGGAGUUUCGCCCACGUGAAGUUGGGCGCAAAAUUUCUAAUGAAACGAUGCCUGGACAAAAGGCGGAGGAAGAGGAGGAGGCCGGCGAUGAUCUCGGUCACAGGUGCGGUUGUGGUGAAAGAGAGAAUUCAAUGUUCGGUUCCACGGUCACGUGCCCUCGUGACGCGUGCCUUCCUGAUUACGUCAUGCGCGCAUCGGGUCGGUACCACCUAGCAAAGACAAACAUACCUGACUACCAUAUUUUAAUCCGCUUCCCCCAUCAUCUCACCAACACUACGAACGCCCGGCAGAAUGGCGGAUGAGGCACAUAUCCAUCGUCUCCCCGACGAGCUGCUGUUGCAAAUCGCCGGAUACUUCCGUGGGACUACAACGAGUGCAAUGCUCUCAUGUCUCUACAAUCUCCGUCUCGUCUCGAAGAGGUUCCUUCCCGUCGCUCAAGAUGAACUGUAUGCGGGUGCAUACCUGCCUGUCACUUGCGGAUGUCAUCCCUGCGUGAAUGCUGCCGUUCAACUCCUGCGCACCUUGCUCUCACGCCCUGAUCUCGCUGCUAAAGUCAAGGUUCUACGUUUCGUCGCUUGCAACAAGUCCAUCACCAAACUUUACCGGGAUAAAGGCUACAACCUCAAGCCGAUCCGCGAUUUGUGCCUUCAAAAACUGGCACUUCUAGGAUGUACCAGCAAAGACAAUGUUUGGAGAGUCUGUCUACAUAACGAUGUCGAGUCGGCUUAUGCCGGUGUGCUGCUCACUCUCCUGCCCAAUCUCGAAACCCUGCGCUUCUCACUCAAGGAGGCCAUGAACGGCUAUCCCUGCCAUGAACCGUUAACGGCUAUGUUCGGGAAUGCUCUUAUUGCUACCAGGGCAUUGGCAUCUUUGAAAAAGACGAUCAAAAAUCUGGGUCUUUCGGAUAUUGCCUUCUUGCGCGAAGUUGGUUUCACCAAUGUGAAGAGCCUCGAUCUAACUUCCGUUGACCUCAAUACAUUGGUACGCCUCCAAGGCCCCAAGACCAUCAAGUCGGGAAGGUUUUUAGAGGACCUGACAAUCACCAUGUCCAUUUAUUCAAUGGAAACUGAUCUGCCCAACCAUUUCGGACUCAAAUUGGGAAAUCUUUUCGAAGCUUUUGCCUGUAACAAUCUCAAGUCUCUGCAUGUCAAGCUGCACAGUGACGACAAAGCUUCUACAGUGGUGGAAAGCUUCUACACCGGGGAUCUAUUUCGAUGCAUCGGCAAGAUCUCGACUAAGUUGUUGCGACUCGAAAUUGACUGCGAGGUCGAUGACGAUGUUGUGGAAUGCGAGUGGUUUCUCCGGCACUGCCACUUUCCAAUUCGUUCGUUCGAGCGGUUCCCCUUGUUAAAGCACCUUAAAAUUCCUCAGCAAUUCUUGUUCCCCACGGAUGAUGAAGCUGCAGAUACGGCAAUCGAGUUCGAAGACUUGCCUCCGACGCUCGAGCGUUUGGAUAUCCUUUAUCCGGAUUCUUCCAUCACGGAGUGGGUCGUAAGGUAUGUGGAUGCCGAUAUUCCACUAAGCUUGCACACUAUUGCUCUUCAGUGUCGUGACGAAAUUAUGAGCCCACCCAGCAGCUUCUAUUCCCAAGGUAUCUGGGCAGGGCUGGAAAAAAACUAUGGUAUCAACUGCCUGAUCAUCGAAGACAUGGACGCUAAGGAGGAGAAGUUGGUGGACAAGCAGCGAAACUAUACAAAGCCAAGCAAGCUAACCAAGGAUGUCAAAAUUUCAAAUGUCAGUGAUGUGGAUAUGGAUAUGGACACGGACGAGGACGAGGACGAGGACGAUUACGACUCAGAGAAUAUGAUGUCGGGACAGGAUCUUUUAGUAGCGGAGAUGGAUUAA